GAAAGUAGAUAUUUUAUGUUUUUUAAGGGUGAUAUGGUUAAAAACACCGGAUAAAAGUGGCGGCGAAUUAAAAAAAAGAAGAUAAAAGAUAAAGAAGAUUUGAACAGUGGUGGUUUAAUUGAGUUCUCGUGUGUUGCUCUCUCCUACCCACACCUUUCAUCCCACUCUCUCUUCCUCUGUUUUGGUUUCCGUUUCUUUAUUUUCCAGUAAACAUGGAGAUGGUGACGAUAGCAUAAUUAUCUCUAGUAUUAGAUUAUCCUAUCUUUUUUCUUAAAGAUCGAAGCAAUGAGAAGUAGUAGAAUUCAGAGCUCAACUUGGUAUUCAGCAUCAUCUUCCUCCACGUUUCCUCGUCCUCCAUGUCUCACCUCUGCCUCUCGCCAUUGCAGGCUGUCUAUCUCCCAGAGGGUGUCUAGAAUUUCUCUACUUUCAAGCUGUUCCUCCGGAUUGUCUAAGACACAAUUGUCAGUUUCUACACAACGGAACGAACAGAAUUUGUUGUCCGUGGGCGUCGGUGCGGAUGCUUUGGUGACUUCAAACGCUCCAGGUGUCUCCAAUGAGCCUCUUGUUGCCGAGGAAAAGAUUGGAGUGCUGUUAUUGAACCUUGGAGGUCCCGAGAAUCUUGAAGAUGUGCAGCCCUUCUUGUUUAACCUUUUUGCCGACCCGGAUAUUAUACGGUUACCAAGGUUGUUUCAAUUUUUGCAAAAGCCUUUGGCACAGUUUAUAUCUGUUCUUAGAGCACCUAAGAGCAAGGAAGGCUAUGCUUCAAUUGGCGGUGGUUCUCCUCUACGAGGAAUAACUGAUGCUCAGGCUGAAGAGCUGAGAAAGUCACUUUGGGCAAAGAAUGUUCCUGCAAAAGUUUACGUUGGCAUGCGGUACUGGCAUCCAUUCACUGAAGAAGCUAUUGAGCAGAUAAAGAAAGAUGGAAUAACAAAGCUUGUCGUACUUCCACUUUAUCCACAAUUUUCAAUAUCAACUAGCGGUUCAAGCCUUCGACUCUUGGAAAGUAUAUUUCGUGAUGAUGAAUAUCUAGUGAACAUGCAGCAUACAGUCAUACCUUCCUGGUAUCAACGUGAGGGAUAUAUAAAAGCUAUGGCUAAUUUAAUUGAAAAGGAGCUGCAGAAGUUUGACCAUCCUGAAAGUGUGGUAAUAUUUUUUAGUGCACAUGGGGUGCCACUUGCAUACGUAGAAGAGGCAGGUGAUCCUUACAAGGCAGAGAUGGAAGAAUGUGUGGAUUUGAUAAUAGAGGAAUUAGAGAAGAGAAAGAUCACUAAUGCAUACUCUCUUGCUUAUCAGAGCAGAGUUGGGCCAGUGGAAUGGUUGAAGCCCUACACUGAUGAGACAAUAAUUGACCUAGGGCGAAAAGGAGUAAAAAGUCUUCUGGCAGUACCAAUUAGCUUUGUCAGUGAGCAUAUUGAAACUCUUGAAGAGAUUGAUGUUGAGUACAAAGAAUUGGCUUUAGAAUCUGGUAUUGAAAACUGGGGUCGUGUUCCUGCGUUAGGGUGUGAACCAAUGUUCAUUUCAGACUUGGCAGAUGCUGUAAUUGAGAGUCUUCCUUAUGUUGGUGCCAUGGCAGUUUCAAAUCUUGAAGCUAGACAGUCAUUAGUUCCCCUUGGCAGUGUGGAAGAGCUAUUGGCUACAUAUGAUUCACAACGGAGGGAGCUGCCACCACCCGUGACUGUUUGGGAAUGGGGUUGGACAAAAAGUGCUGAAACUUGGAACGGUAGAGCAGCCAUGUUGGCAGUUCUCAUGCUAUUGCUCCUAGAGGUCACAACUGGUGAGGGAUUUCUGCAUCAGUGGGGCAUUUUGCCCUUGUUCCGCUAAAUUAACUCUACCACUCAAGUCUCAAUGCAAUACAGAGAUAAUUAAUGAAGAUAAGUGUAAAUUUUCAAAAGCUGCAACUUAUAUUCAUUCUAUUAGAGUAUUUUAAAUAGGUAAAGUACAUGGGAUGCUAAGAUAUAUUUAUGUAUGUAUAUAUUGAUGCCUUAGUCACACUGGUUAUCUUAACAGUUUAGAAACAAGUUCUGCAGGUUUGUUGUGGGUGAAACGGGAAUCAUUGUAGCGGUCUUGUAGUCUCUUUCAAAUUCAAUAUAUGCUUGAGGAUUUUCUUC